AUGAAGCAGGAAUCACGGAACGAUGAAGACGUGGUGUUGCAAACAUCGCGGGUUUUAGAUGAGUUAUUCAAGACGAUGUCGCGCCACCCAGAGUUUUUUCCAUCAGUGUUUUGGUGCCUGCGGCUCUUGCUCACUGAGGUACCGUUCGAUGAAGAAUGCAAGCGUGUGAUCACGUCUAAUGUUGUUCGUUUGGCGGAAAUUUACUCAACCAAGUCAUUAUGGACGCAGUACCUUAUAAUCAAUGAGUUACGACGAUGGAACAUUCCGGAAUUGGCUGUUCUGAUAGGGAACGCAAUUCGCAAUAUGCGGAGUAACGUAACGGUGCCACUACGGCUCCUUCUCCACGAUGUUAUUCCUGCAGCUCAAGAGAGAGAUCAAAUUCUUCCUUCGUAUGUAAUGGCUAUCGGCGACAACUCCACGUUCACGCUAGGACUGGCUGCAGAUGGGCCCGUUAGUGACGCACGUAAAGUUCCUCUAGAAGCGGUCAAAAAAGUGUCCAUGUCAAAUAGUCACACCUUGUUUCUAACGGACAAAGGCGACGUUUUUGGAUGUGGCCUCGCGUCAAACUUUGGAAGAGAUGAAAGUAAUGGAAGCCUGGUUGUAAAUCCUAUCAAGCUCAGUUUUCCCGGAGAGACCCUUCCCUUCGUAGACAUUGCAGCGGGAUCGCAUCACUCUGUCUUCGUUACCUCAAAAAGUGUAGGUUUAUACGGUUUGUACUAUUUUUAUCAUAUAAGUUAA